GCUGGCGGCCGAUUGGCCGGGACGCGCGCAGCCAACGGGGCGCGGCGUUGUUGGUUACCAGGCUAAAGAUGGCGGCGGUGUUGGAGGUGGAGGCGCCCAGGCCGCACGGAGACCAUCGGCACGGCCGGGAGGCGGACGACGAGGAGCUGAUUGACCUAACAGGCCUGUCACCAGAAGAAAGAUGGAGGGUGGAGCAUGCGCGGAUGCAUGCCAAGCACCGCGGGCACGAGGCCAUGCACGCCGAGAUGGUGCUCAUUCUCAUCGUUACCCUGGUAGUGGCACAGAUUCUCCUAGUCCAGUGGAAGCAAAGGCACGCCAAAUCCUACAACAUGGUGACACUGUUCCAGAUGUGGGUCGUGCCGAUCUAUUUCACAGCCAAGCUGCAUUGGUGGAGGUUCCUGGUGAUCUGGGUACUGUUUUCGAUUAUCACGGCCUUUAUUACGUUCCGAGCCACACGGAAGCCACUGGAGAGAACGACACCCAGGCUGGUUUAUAAAUGGUUUCUUCUACUUUACAAGCUGAGCUAUGCCACUGGAAUAGUUGGAUACGUUGGAGUAAUGUUCACCCUUUUUGGUAUAAAUUUAUUAUUUAGAAUAAAGCCUGAAGAUGGGAUGGACUUCGGAGUGUCGCUCCUGUUUUAUGGGCUGUACUACGGAGUGUUAAGCCGUGACUUUGCUGAGAUGUGUGCUGACUACAUGGCCUCUACUAUAGGGUACUACAAUGCAUCAGGAAUGCCGACCAAACAUCUCUCCAAUGAGAUCUGUGCGGUCUGUGGACAGAAAAUCUUUGUGGAUGUCACUGAAGAAGGGAUCAUAGAGAAUACCUACAAGCUCUCCUGCAACCACGUGUUCCACGAGUUCUGCAUCCGUGGCUGGUGCAUCGUCGGGAAGAAGCAGACCUGCCCGUACUGUAAAGAGAAGGUGGACCUCAAGAGGAUGUUCAGCAACCCCUGGGAGCGACCGCAUGUCAUGUAUGGCCAGUUACUGGACUGGUUACGUUAUUUGGUUGCAUGGCAACCCGUCAUCAUCGGACUCGUUCAAGGCAUCAACUACAGUCUGGGACUGGAAUAAAUUUUCCCCCCGCCCCUUAAUUUUCAUUUUCCCCCUUGAGUUUUUACCCUCUCCCCGAUUUCUCCCCCCCUCCAAUUCCCUGGAUUUUACCGAUCAGAACGUGUUGUUUAAUCUUCGUUAGACAACGAUGGAGCCAACAGGAUGAGCGGGGCUACGCUGCACUGCCACAUGGACAUUGGACUCGAAGGAAGGAGAGGACUGCAUUAUCCCCCCUCUCUCCCAAAAUUCAAAACGGACAUCAAGAUUCACCUUCCGGCGUCUCCCACUUCAGACUGGAGCGGCUUCGUGUCUCCGAUCAGCCCCCCGAAUGUGCCAGUCCCAACGAGCCACCUGUUUGGAGCACAUCCUGGACGGGCCGAAUGGCCUCUCCCUCCUCCUGUUCCCGCCCGGCAGCCACGAGGGGCCGAGCUGCCUGGGCCGACACGCAGGUCAUUGCAACAGCGGCGAAUCCUGAAUCUCGAGCCUGGCAGGUCUGACGGUGUUUUCCAACGACACCAUCGGCCUCCAGACGGGGAAAUUGUGUAAAAAAAAAAAAAAAAAAGUUUCUUACAACAACAAAAAUAAAUGGUUUCCCAGCA